CCUUAUGAACGUAACAAAGAUAAUACCCACUGAAAUACUUCUGCAUAUUGUGUCUCAUUUGACGCCUCAUGAUACAAGAAUUGGCUUGACUAUUUGUCAGGAUUGGUUUGAAGUAUUUCGACAUGCACUUUACUAUAAAAUCACUCUAAAAAGCCUUUAUCAAUUUCAUUGUCUGUGUGAAUCACUCAGAUCAUCGCAACAGAAACUGCCUAAUGGACACUUGGUAAAGCAUCUUGUUGUCAGGAAAGCAAAACCAUUUUCUUGUCUUCAAAAGAGACAAUUGGAGUCGAUUAUCCCACGCUUGUGUUUUGAAUCGCUUGUAGCAUUAUGUCCUUAUUUAGAGAGUCUGGAAAUUGAUCCUGAUUCUUGGAAAUCAAUCACUGGCCAUAACGAUAUUGCACGAUGGAAGUAUAUGCAUAAGAUACCCACUUUGGCUAGUUUAGAUCAAGCACUACUGUCAUUACAAUGUUUAGGAAAGGGAUUAACAAGUGUGUCUAUCCAAGGCAACAUUAUUGUCGAUAUGUCGACACAAAACCGUCUAUUGUCGAUCUUUUCAUUGACUCCUUACCUUGAAGAAUUAGCGAUAAAUGAUAGUGAUAUGGAUCCCGCACUUAGCUUGACAUUACAAGAUAUAGAAACAAUACAUUCAUUGCUACCCAAAUUAAGGCGGUUCCAUAUCAUUGGAAACAAUAUACAAAUGCCCAUGGACUCCAAUGAAGCAAUACUGAGCCAAAUUGCAGCAUAUCCCAUAGUAGCUAACCUGGAAUACUUGCACUGGGAAACACGUCAUACACCAGCAUUCUGGUUGUUCUAUAUUGCUCAUAAAUACCCCAACUUGCUAACUUUGGAACUGGAUGUUCACUAUACGAAUAGUACAGACAACUUCCAAUUAGAAAAAAGUUUCUUCUUAAACUUGGUUCAAAAAUGCCGCUAUAUCGAACAAUUAUCACUCUCGUGUCCUAUACUUGAUCACUGGCUGAAUGAAUCUUUCUUGAACAUAGCCAAAAACAACCGUUGUAUUCGACAAAUUACACCUCUUUUGCGAAAAGGUAAUCGCAUCAAGAGCGAAACAGAACUCGAAUUUAUUGCACACCAUACAGGUCAUUUGAUGACAAGCUUGGAGAUUGAACAGUGGCGAUUUGAUGUAAAGCUACCAUACACAUUACAUCUACUCAAACGCUUUGCAUGCCUCUCUUCGCUUGACAUCAAAUGUGACUCGUAUCACAAUGAGUAUGAUCUACAAUACUUGUUAGAUAAUUGUCCAACUUUAGAAACCCUUAUUUUGGAAUGGGGUAUGCUCUAUGUGCCUAUUGUCUUUUCCAAAAAGCGGUAUCGCUUAAAAGUGCUCCAAAUGACUUUUAUGGCUUUUGUGCCUCACUUUUUUGAUUUCUUAUCACUCACUUGUCCUUCUCUCAAGACGUUUUCACUCACAAGAUGUAAGCAACUAUGCGAAAUGAACGACAUGGUUUCUCAAACCACUGUGAUCUUAAACAUGCCUUAUCAUACAUUUGAAAGCCUUGUAUUAGAUGGUAUCCGACUCGAUUAUUCAAGUGCUUCCAUGUUUUAUCAUGGUCUAUCUAGUUACAUUCGUAUUGCUUACAUAGAGCAAGCCGAAUCCAAGAGUUGGCAUCAACAUGUAGGCUAUCAAAAUAACAACCGUGAUUUACCUCUCAUGCAAGAACUUUCCACUAAAGAAGCCUUUGUGACUCAAAAAUACUUUGCUCAACGUAAACAAGGCUCUUUUGUCGACAGCAGCAAAUUGUUUUUGCGUAACUUGAGCGAACAGAAAGUGAGCGAUGUCUUGAGAACCAAUUUGAUGUUUGGUUAUUUGAAAAUUCAAUGCAAACAAUUGAAUCAUUUUGUAUUGGAUGGAAAUGUAAAUUGUCCUCAUUUGCAAUAAAUGUCUCAAGUUUUUUUUUUUCUUAAA